AUGUUACUGCCACGCUUAUUAGCUUCUUUUGCUACAAUCAGCUUGAUCCAAGCAUACUACAUUCCUGCAAGUGGAGAGGAUUGGUCAAAAUACAAGCCAACUUGUGAUUAUUUACCAGGAAGCUUUACCAGUUUGCCAUUCAAAUUUGGAAUUGUUGUGAAUCCAUACACCGUCACCAACGAGGGAGAGUUGUUAGAACCAGAGGUUAAAUCUAUUGAGAGAAGUAUCACCACCAGUUUUGUCACGUCCGUCGUCACUCCGGCUCCAAAGGAAACAAAGACCAAGGAUAUCAUUGUUCAAAUUACUGAUGGUCAAGUUCAAAAAGUUAAUGAAGAGUUGUGUGAUUUUGAGGAGAAGAAAAAGUUGGGAUUGGAUGAAGAUGAAGGGUAUUGGAGUGACAAGAACAACAAUGAUGGCGAUUUCCAUCAUGACAAGGAAGGAAAAUUUGGAAACCGCAAACAUUUUGAUGACAAGCCUGGCAAAGAAAAGGAAUUCGACGCUGUGUUAUCAAAGAGAGACGAGCUGGAUAUUGUGGAUGCUCACGAUGUUGGGGGCGAUAUCAAAGACAAAUCGUUUGAGGAGCACUCAAAGCAUUACAAAGAAAAGCAUGGAUUGAAAAAUGGCCACGAAGACUUGGAUUUUGAUUUGGAAAAGGGCGAAAAGGAGGAGACUGAAUACUACAAUGAACACCAAAAGUCGAAAGAGCAUGAAAGUCACUCGGAUUCCUACUCUGAACACAGAGAUUUCAAGGAACGCGGAAGUGGACAUCACGAUGGAAAUGAGCAUCACCACAAAGAUCACAAAGGAAACCACAACCAUUUGGAUGGUGACGAAUUCAGGUCACCUGUAUACUCUGUUGCAUGUUAUACAAACGCCACCUUGCGUAUGACUUUGCGUGACUCCAUUUUGCGUGACUCCGAUGGUAGAAUUGGAUGUAUUGUAUCUGGUCACCAAUUCCAAUUUGAUGGCCCUACUCCUCAACAUGGUGCCGUUUUCGCUGCUGGUUGGUCAGUUACUAAAGAUGGGCAAUUGGCUUUGGGAAAUUCAACUAAAUUCUACCAAUGUGCUUCUGGUCAUUUCUACAAUUUGUACGAUCAAUCCAUUGGUUUCCAAUGUCAUCCAGUCACUUUGGAUGUGGUUGAGUUGAUUGACUGUUGA